CAAUUACCUAAACUGCCCCUUCUUUUUCCUUGAAUUUGCCGCCGACGCCAUCACUGUGACAAAACGCUAACCCCUCUACAAAACCCUGAAACUUCAUGUCUGCGCACAUCCAAAGACCCAAAAUGGGGACGAGGCAGCCGAAGCAAAACAGCUCCGACAAACCAAAGCUCAAGGAUAAGGGAAAGAAAAUCUUGGAGACAUUGAAGGAGAAAAACAUAGAGGAAAAUUUGAGAAGGAUUAAGGAAGCAGAGACAGAAGAUGAGAGCUCUGAUGAUUCACCUUUUGAUUCUGGACCGGAAGAGGAUGAGGAUGAGGACGAGAGUUUAUCUGAAGAAGGUGACUCAUCAAGUGAAUCUGGAUCCGAGCAAAGUAACUUCUCUGAGGAUGAGGAUAACUUUCAAUCAGGUGAUGAUGAUGAGGCCGGAGACGCUAGUGAUGAUGUGGACCAUUCACGUGGAGAUGUUCAUACUGGAGAUGGCAAUGAAAGUAAAAGUGACGAUUCUCGCGAUGUAGUUGAGGAGAGUGAUUCAUCUGAAGACGAGGUCGCACCACGUAACACCGUUGGAAAUGUUCCUCUCGAGUGGUACAAGGAUGAGGAGCAUAUCGGAUAUGAUUUAGCUGGGAAGAAGAUUAAGAAGAAAGAAAGACAGAGCAUGCUGGAUUUUCAUCUUGCAAGGGCUGAUGAUUCAAAGAGUUGGCGUAAGAUAUAUGAUGAGUAUAAUGAUGAGGAAGUAGAGUUGACCAAAGAAGAGACCAAAAUGAUUAGCAGAGUACUGAAAGGAAAGGCGCCUCAUGCUGAUUUUGAUCCAUAUGCUCCCUUUGUUGAUUGGUUCGUGUGGGAUGGUGCUGGACAACCACUUUCAGGUGCACCAGAACCGAAGAGGCGUUUUAUUCCCUCAAAGUGGGAGAGUAAAAAGGUAGUCCGGUAUAUCCGAGCCAUCAGGGAGGGUCGGAUUAAACUUGACGAUAAGCCUAAGGAGGAGCCUAAAUUGUACUCAUUGUGGGACGAUUCAAGCUCUGUGGAAAGACAGGGAUUGGCAUAUAUUGCUGCACCAAAGCCUAAAUUGCCAGGUCAUGAGGAGUCUUAUAAUCCUUCUCCAGAAUACAUCCCUACACAAGAAGAAAUAAACUCGUACCAGCUCAUGUUUGAGGAAGACCGGCCUAAGUUUAUCCCGAAACAGUUCACCUCCUUGAGAAGUGUUCCCGCAUAUGAGAAAGCUGUCCAAGAAACUUUUGAUCGUUGUUUGGAUCUCUAUCUAUGCCCACGAGUUCGCAAGAAACGUAUUAAUAUUGAUCCUGAGUCAUUGAAACCGAAGCUCCCGAGCCGUAGAGAUCUUAAACCAUACCCCACGACUUGUUAUCUCGAGUACAAAGGACAUAAGGGCCCAGUAACGACCAUUACUACAGAACCCACAGGACAGUGGAUCGCAUCUGGUUCUAAGGAUGGAACUGUUCGCAUUUGGGAAGUUGAAACGGGAAGAUGUCUACAGACGUGGGACUUGGGAGAAAAUAUCGAGCAAGUUGCAUGGAAUCCUCUCCCCGAGCUUCCUAUUUUAGCUGUAGCAGCGUAUGAAAUAUGCGAAACAUUUAUUUCUUUUAUCUACUGGAUUUUUGUUGAGUAUCAUUAUUCACCAAGUCCCACCAAAAUCUGCAGGGGACAAGACGUGUUUAUUUUGAAUACUGGAUGUGGAGCAGAUGAACAAGAGAAAAGGAUUGAGGAUCUUCUCCGUGUUGGGGCCCAACAGUCAGUGGAAGAAUCUGGUAUUAGUACAUCCGUUGUCGAAUGGGGUCGGGAUGACAGGCAUGGUGGAAUCAGGUUGAAGCAUUUUAAGACUGUCACGAAAGUGGAAUGGCACCGUAAAGGAGACUAUCUCUCAACACUUAUGCCAUCUGAUAUCCUUAGACUAACACAACGAAUUCCAUUCAAGACAAAAGGAAUUCCUGUAUCAACAGCUUUUCAUCCUAGCCGCUCCAUAUUCUUUACGGCAUCAAAGAAGGAUGUUCGCGUCUAUGACUUGCUAAAGCAAAAGCUCAUUAAAAAGCUUGAUGCUGGAGUCCGUGAAAUCUCUUCCAUAGCUAUACACCCUGGAGGUGAUAAUGCCAUUGUUGGAAGCAAAGAUGGAAAGUUGUGUUGGUUUGACAUGGACCUGUCAUCUCGGCCUUACAGAGUCCUCAGGUGUCAUCCAAAGGACAUUACUGGGGUUGCUUACCAUCGGUCAUACCCUUUAUUUGCCUCGUGCUCAGAUGAUUGCACGGCAUAUGUUUUUCAUGGCAUGGUUUAUUCUGAUCUAAAUCAGAACCCUCUGAUUGUUCCUUUGGAGAUCCUUCGAGGGCAUUCAAGUGCUGAUGGACGAGGAGUUUUGGAUCUCAAGUUCCACCCGAGACAACCUUGGCUGUUCACAGCGGGUGCAGAUUCUUUGAUCAAGCUCUAUUGUCACUAAGGAGAAUACUUUUCUUGCUUACAGAAGCCCAUUUAAGAGUAUUACUUAUCAUCUGUCCAGCACAAUAGUUUUCAUCCAUAAAAGAAGGUUGGUCGAAAUUGCUGUUUCUGGUGUUUUCAUCCUUUUUCGAGUUGAUUAAUUUUGCGUAGGUCAUUGAUACUUGUAGCCCAAGUUUUACCUUUUGUGUUACCUUACUAAAGUUUGUCAUUUUAUAUAGUUGGAUUAUAACUGUAUGUUGUGAUUAUGUAACUCAUAUAUUAUGGAAUAUUGUGUUAUUUAUGAAGUUGCGCUGUUUAUGAAAGAUGGUUGAAGAAGAGAUUGAAUACAUUUCAACUUUUAUUUUAUAUGUG